UUACGUCAGUCUGUCCCUGCUCUCAGUGUUUCUUCAGCUUCUGCAGGCUGCUGUGUACUGUACAUACAGGACCAUGGAUAUACUGAUCCUGCUCUCCCUGUGCCUGCUCUGCUGGAAAGAAAUACAGGGGCAGCAUGAUCAUUUAACCAAAGAAGCAAAGGUCAUGCUGGGUCAAAAUGUAAAUCUUCCAUGCGACGUAUACAGCCAUGAUGAUUCCAGCACCUCCACGCUACAGUGGCUGUAUGAGAAGAAUGGAAACCCUCUCCAGAUUUAUGCCACUGGGCCGAAAGGAACACUCAUAGAAUCAGAAAUGAAAAGUCGUUACAGUGUGAACACAAAUAUGCAGUUGGUGAUUGAAGAUGUACAAUUACAGAAUGAAACACUGUAUAUUUGUCGGGUUGAGGACCAAAAUGGUGUGGCCAAGGAAAACAAAGUGUACCUCAGAGUCUACAAGGCCCCUGACGAGCCAGAAAUUUUGAUGGAAGAAAAUGGAAUACAGACAACAAAUCAGACUGUUCAGAUUGGUGCAUGUGAAAGUAAUAAUGGAUAUCCCGCGCCCAAUAUGACGUGGUAUAGAAAUAAUACUCAACUGAAAAAUGGAAAGAAUGGUGUGGUAGUCACAUCUCUGGUCACAGUCCAGUCCAAUGGUCUAAUUACAGUCAAGAGCAUUCUCUCUUCUCCUGUAGAAAAAUCUGAUGCUUACUCUACUUUUUACUGUGAGGUUUCUUAUCACCUCCCAAAGGGUCUUCAUAUGAAGGAAUCAGAGAGAAAAAACAUUACAGUAGACUAUCCAAGCACUGAAGUACAGCUAUAUGUGAAGAGCAAAUCUGAAAUGAUAAAAGAAGGAGAUGAUGUAGAGCUGAUAUGUGUGGGUAAUGGAAACCCACAACCUGAGAUUACACUGUACAAGAAAGAUGAGGAAUCACCUCUUUCAGAUGUGGCUUCGUAUUCGUGGAAAGUCUCAAGGAAGGAUUCCGGAGGUUAUAUAUGUAAAGCACUUGAAGUAUUGGAUGAUUUUAAAGAAAUGCAAGCGGAGACUGAAUUACAUGUUCACUUCUUGGACCCUCCUGUUCUGUCCAUAGAGUCUCCUGUUAAUGUAGAACUUGGAAGUGUUCUUAGUGUUUCCUGCCAUGUAAAUGCAUCAGCUCAAAUAGACAUCCACUGGGCACGGGAAGGCAGGACUAUAGUCAAUGGCUCUACCUUGAGCCUUAGUUUUCAGGACUACACUGAUGCAGGGCAGUACUCAUGUGUUGCAAGUGUAACUGAUGUGCAAGGACUUACCCAGACCAAGGAGCUAAAAGUAUUAAUAAAAGGGAAACCACAAGUGACUGUAAGUCCACAACGUGUAGAAGUAAGAGAUGGAGAACAGUUGACUGUAAAAUGUACAGCAAUCGGCAAUCCCGUGCCUCAGAUAACCUGGUAUAUUAAGGGCAACGAGGUAGAAAGUCAAAUUAUAAAUGUUUCUGAAAGUGAAAUUAUGAGUGAAUUAACCUUCCGGGUGACUGAAGACCAUCUGAAUGAACAACUUUUGUGCAAGGCUCAUAAUGAAUUAAAUAGCAGCAUGGAAUAUAUUCAACUACAUGAAAGACCUGCAGCCACAACUGUAUCUGGUGACCACAGAGGAUCAAAAGUCACAGAAGAACAGAUCUCCAAGACAGAAUAUGAAUCCACAAGAGAUCCCAGCAUAGAGUCCAGAAGUCAAAAAAGCUAUGGCGUGGUGAUUGUGGCAGUCAUUGUGUGCAUUCUUCUGCUGGCCAUUUUGGGAGCUGUGCUGUAUUUCCUGUAUAAGAAGGGGUGCAUUCCUUGUGGACGCUCUGGAACAAAAGAUAUCACAAAGCCAGGUGAAAAAGAUCAGAUUGUUGUAGAAAUGAAACCUGACUCACCAGCUGAAGAAUCUGUCCUUCUUCCUGGAGCGCAAGAUAAGAAGCAACCAGUGGACCAGGAAAAAUACAUGGAUUUAAGAAACUGAGUUGCCUAAAACUAUGACGUUGAACCCUGGAAGGACUAUUGCUGUCUCCAUGUUUCUCUGCAAACAUAGAUGUAAUGAAGACAGUCGAUCCACCAGAGAUCUCCCUGACUACUGUCAUAUUGUAACAGCUGGCAGAACAAUAUAAAUACUUUGCCUGUACUCUGCUUUAACUGGACAUUCUCUUUGGACACAAUAAUGACCCUUGUUGUCGUCACUUUGCCUUAUUUGCAUCCAGCCAUGAAUAUAUGAAUUUGAGGAAUCAGUUAUAAAUAUAAUGCAGGUUUCCAUUGAUGCUCUGCAUUUAAUGGAUAUUCUACUUACUUUUACCGUUAUCCAGUGGUGUGGCAUGAAUUGACUCCUGAGGAGGAUGUGAUGCUCCCCCAGUCAAUUACUAAUUUUGUGACAUUUUAUUUCUGACUUUUCUUAGAAAUUGAGAGGGGAAUUGAUCAUUGUUGCUGUAGGUUAACCAUUUUUUACUCCUUUAUUUUGUGCAGUGCUAAUGUGUAAGUGCGCCAAAUUUAUAAAAUUGUUCUCAGGCAUUUCAUAAAUUUUGUGCAGGUACUCAUUUCCUGAAAUGUUACAUCUGUACACCAUUUUCUAUGGUUUACUCAUUUUGGGACUUUUUAUCCUGUUGUGCAAAGAUGUGCGACUUUUCCCUACACACGAAAAAGCUAAGCCAUGUGUGAGCUGGUGUAUAUUUUCGACUUUUUGGACAUCUUGGCGCAAACAUUUGUGACAGUUUUUAAAAAGUUGCAGUUGAUAAAUCCCUGACUACUGUAAAAAGCUAACCUUGCCACACUACAUUCAAGUUGUUUCCUUGAAAUAGUCUAAAUGCAUUGAAACUUUUUGACCCAUUCCGCAAAUAUUUGUGACUUUUUACCAUCAAAAAAACUGUGCAAAACAAUAACAAAUUUUCCCCAUAAUGCCUAUUUUUCCAUGUAGGAGAGAAUGUGCCUACAAUAAAAAGGAACAUAUAUAUUUUCAGAAAAUUAGGCAUGAACUUUCCUCAGAACUAGUACUACUGGUACUGUAUAGUUAACAUACAGUUCAACACAAAGUUUAUAGUACAGUCAAAUAUUGCUCUGUCAGCUUUAGUAAUGUCUCACUGGUAAUAUGCGCUGACAAUCCUACAAUCUAUCACUCCAUCUUCUCAUUCUAUACAACCAUUUCUGUAUGACCUGGAACUGAUAGGCCAUACCAACACAUCCACAAAGAUUACAUGUAUCCUCAGGGCAAGAAGGGGCAUUUUUCUAUCUCCCUAAUAGAGCACAACAAAACAUUACAUUACAUUACAUGGGCUCUUCUACAGACAUUUCUAAUUAUCAUGCUGAAAAAGUCUAUCUAUAAAUAUAUAUAUAUAUAUAUAUAUAUAUAUAAACUUAUAUAUUUGCAUUGGUUUGUGUGUAAAUUUUAGAAAUCGAAUAUUGCUUUGCCUAUGUUUUUUUAUGUAUGGAAAUAAAGAAAUAACUUCUGG